AUGACGGUCCCUUCAGCAGACGUCUCAAUCCUCCACAGAGCCGAUGGCUCAGCAAGAUAUUCAGCAGCCGGCUACACAGUAGUGGCGGCCGUCAACGGUCCCAUUGAAGUAACACGCCGUGAUGAGCUGCCCCAGCAUGCUGCUCUGGAGGUCAACGUGCGCCCUGCCGUCGGUGUAGGCAAACGUCAUCUCGAAUCGCUCAUCCACUCGACACUACGCGACAUUAUCCUAACGCACAUGCACCCUCGCACCUUGAUCCAGUUGACUCUGCAAAUCGUCAACACCCCUGAGCAGGAAAACACUCUUCCUGCCUCUUUCGCCCUCUCACCUCUACCAGCUCUCCUCAACGCCUCUAUAUUCUCUUUACUCAGCGCUAGCAUUCCGAUGAGCAACACUUUCACCUCAACCCUCUUGGCUGUUUCUUCCUCGGGCGACCUCUCCAUCAACCCUGCUCCCAAAGUCUUGCUUUCCGCCUCCUCUACACACGUCUUUGCCUUUUCGUCGACUGGAAACCUCGUUCUGGAUCUGAGUGAAGGAGAAUUCGACCUGGAUACUUGGGAAAAAGCACACGACAAAGCAAAGGAGGAAUGCUGUAAAGAGCAGCUAUCAGAAGAUGCCAUGGAAGAGGGAAAGCCAAGCCUACAAGGCUUCGUGGAAAGAGUUGUCGAGGCCAGAGUUGAGAAGGAGAGAGCUUGGAAGAACGGCUAG